AUGUGCGCUGCAGAUUGGGGAACCGAGAACCAGUCAACUUCUGCACCAUUCAUCGAGUCUACGGAUGCCCUCGAGGCAGAAUCAUUGAAAAUUCUACCCCCGUCCGCAUUCUCGUCCCCCUCCCCAAACCGACCCGCUGGUCUUCGCGCGCAGCAGGCAGCCGCAUCGACCGGACAAACACCUCCAGGCAAUCUCGACAGGGGAGGGAGCCCGCAGCGUACCACGUCCGACAACCCAUCCGACAACCCGUCCGACCAGAUCGAGUUACAGCCAUAUCCGACCGCGGCCGAAAAGUACCGCGACUUUGCCAACGAACGCCAGCGCCUGUACGACAUCAAGCGGGCCGAGAAGCGCAGGUGGCUCGAGCAGCAGGACGAAAUGAAGUUCUCCCAUAGCAUCCAGUUCAAUGCUGUUCCAGAUUGGAGCAAUCACUACAUUGCUUAUAGCAACCUCAAGAAGCUAAUAUACCAGCUCGAGAAGGCCAUCCACCAGCCAGCGGGCGACGCCGAGUCCCGGCCGCUGAUACAAGACGAUAAUCCCGAAGCCGUCUUUGGCCGUGCCCUAGACGUGGAGUUGGAAAAGAUUACCUCUUUUUAUGUCCUCAAAGAGAAUGAGCUAUUCGAUGAGGUAGAUCUCCUUCUUAAGGAUGCCGAGGAAUUCGAGGAAGAGGCUGGCGUCAUCGAUGAGGCUCGCCCACCCUCUCGGCCUCUCGAGAGGACAACUUCCAAUCCGGGGCGGCUACGGAGAGGCAGCACGCGUAGCCAGCUCUCCACCGAGGAUGGCAUGGAGGAGGACAGCGAUGAAGAAGGAGACGAAGAGACGGGUCUCACUAGCAAGAGACGGAGCAGAAGUUUGGGAGGGCGCGGGGGUAUGCGGAACUCGAUGAUGGCCUCGACCGAUAUGACAGCGUCAACCGACUUCACGCGGUCGGUGCGGAGAAUGAGCAUGAACUACGACGACUACGCUGAGCAAGCCGCCCUAUUCUCAUCGGGGAUCAUGCUGAAGAAGCGGAUGAUCAACAUCUACGUCCAGUUGUGCGAACUUAAAUCGUAUAUUCAGUUGAACCGAACCGGUUUUAGCAAGGUUUUGAAGAAGUUUGACAAGAUCAUCGACCGCCGGCUGAGGCCCAAAUACAUGAGCACAUUUGUCGACACCGCCUACCCCUUCCGUGCCGAUACCACAAGGGGUUUGGAAGAGCGCAUCACACAGAUGGUGCAAGCAUACAGUGUGAUCGUCACCCACGGUGACUCAGAAACGGCAAUUCGGGAUCUCAGAUCCCACCUGAGAGAGCACGUCGUAUGGGAACGGAAUACAGUCUGGAGAGACCUGAUCGGGUUGGAACGGCGAGCCGAGGCUGCUAGUCUGGGCCAUACCCUUCUUGGGGUUGACGCUGAUGCCCAGAGGACGCGACUGCAAGGCGAUGAUGAGAUCGUAUUGCCGACCAAGGAGAUAACGACUCCCCUGGGCCGCCUUGUCUGCCCAACCUGGCUGCUCACGUCGACGACACUCACUCUUGUCAUCAUAAUCGCGCUCUUCUUCGCGAUCCUCUACACUCCCAUCAUGGAGAAAGCCGAGCAACAGAACUGCCUGGCUAUGCUGGUGCUCGUCAGCUUGCUCUGGGCCACCGAGGCGCUGCCGUUGUUCGUCACGUCGCUGCUCAUUCCUUUCCUAUGCGUCGUCCUUCAAGUCUUCCGCGACAAGGAGAAGCCGCACGCGAGGCUGGGCUCUAAAGACGCCACCGCCGCCGUCUUCGCCGCUAUGUGGACGCCUGUCAUCAUGCUCCUACUCGGUGGCUUUACUCUCGCAGCGGCGCUCUCCAAGUGCGGCAUCGACAAGCGCAUCGCCACCUUUGUCCUCAGCAAAGCCGGCACGCGACCUAAGACGGUUCUCAUUGCCAAUAUGGCCGUGGCUGCCGUCGCCAGUAUGCUGAUCAGCAACGUCGCGGCACCCGUUCUUUGCUUCGGUAUCAUCGAGCCCAUGCUCCGCAACCUGCCCGCCGGCUCCCCCAUGUCCAAGGCCGUCAUCAUCGGCAUCGCCCUGGCCUCCAACAUCGGCGGCAUGCUCUCCCCGAUUGCUUCGCCGCAAAACGUCGUUGCCAUCGGCAUCAUGGAGCCGCCGCCCACCUGGGGCCAGUGGUUCUUCAUUGCCCUCCCCGUCGGCAUUAUCUCCCUGUUCUUCAUCUGGCUCUUCCUCCUCAUCGCGUUCAAGCCCGGCCGCGGCACCACCAUCGUGCCCGUCCGACCCGUGCGCGACGAGUUUACCGGCGUCCAAUGGUUCGUCUCGGCCGUGACCAUCGCCACCAUCGGCCUGUGGUGCGCCUCGCACAGCCUAGAGAGCGUCUUCGGCGACAUGGGCGUCAUCGCCAUCAUCCCCAUCGUGCUCUUCUUUGGCGUCGGCAUCCUGACCAAGGAGGACUUCAACAACUUCCCCUGGACCAUCAUCAUCCUCGCCGCCGGUGGCCUGUCCCUCGGCAAGGCCGUCAACUCGUCCGGCCUGCUGCACACCGCCACCCGCGCUAUUACGGAGCACGUCGAGGAGUACAGCUUAUACGGCAUCCUAGUUGUCUUCUCAAGCCUGAUCCUCGUCAUCGCCACCUUCAUCAGCCACACCGUCGCCGCCCUGAUCAUCCUGCCGCUCGUGUACAACGUCGGCAAGGGCCUGGACGAGCCCCAUCCCAACCUGCUAGUCAUGGCCGGCGUGCUGAUGUGCAGUGCCGCCAUGGCCCUGCCGACGAGCGGGUUCCCCAAUAUGACCGCCAUCAUGAAGGAAGAUCCCGCCGGCCAGCGCUAUCUCAAGGUCAAGCACUUCAUCCGCGUCGGCGUGCCCAGCAGUAUCAUCUCGCUCGUCGUGACCGUCACGGUCGGGUAUGUGGCCAUGCGCGUGACAGGCAUGUAA